AUGGAAGAAGGGUUUAGCGGAAACAACCCAAGUAGCUCUUCAACCAAGAUCAGCCAUAAACCUGAAGUCGUGCCACUUGCUACCCUGGCUAGAAUUAUGAAUAUCAUUCUGCCAGAGGACGUGAAGAUAGCUGACGGGACAAAGAAGAGAGGCAAAGAAUGCGUGGUGGAGUUCAUAUAUUACGCCACAAAUCAAGCAAUUAAAAAGCAUGGUGGAGCAUGUUACGUUACUCUCACUACACAAGACGUGAAUGACGCGAUGAGAACGCUAGGAUUAGAUAACUACAUAGAACCGCUCACUAUUCGCAUAAUCGCAUGA